GUCACAACGGAUGUGAUUGAGAUGGUGCAGCAGCAGGGCGGUGCGGCAGAGAGGGUGAGCUGCCUCGGGGAGACCAUUCAGGUCGAUGGCAUGACCUUCGACGACUUGCAGGCGGAGGACAUCUUGGAUAUCUCCUCGGAGGGCGAAGGGCAGGGUCCCGUCGUUUCGCUCGUGGUCGUGGAGCACCGCCCCCCUCUCACGGCGCCCCAGCUGGUCCAGAUCGACGACGACAAUAAGCGGGAGAGCGUUAGCCGCAUGUGGGCCAGCAUGGCCGCCCACGGCUUCUCUGGCUGGACGGCGCGAGUCAGCCAGCCGGGCAGGAUUCACGCGGGCUGCAAGAUCAGUAAACGUGGCGCCGAUGACGGAUGAUGGUCUUGGUUCAAUGCUUGAUCGUUGCAUGAUGCCGCGGCUCGUACCCCUACGCCCGCCAGUUUGAGUUUGUGGUCUCCGGGACUCUCAUUGCCUAGCUAGCGUAACUCCCCCGACCGCCCCUCCGCCCGACGCGCGCGCGGCGCCCGUCGCCCCCCGACGGGACUGGCGCGCACUGAGUAAAAGAAUUUUACCAAAAGCCU